AUGACAGAUGCAAGGCCAGGUACACCAUCAAUGGCCUCUUCAUCGCGAAAUCUUCCUGAUUUCAAGAAAUCUAUCAAGUUGAAGUAUGUGAAGCUUGGUUAUCAUUACCUCAUCACUCAUGGAAUGUACCUCUGCCUUUCCCCCCUCGUGGCGCUGAUUGCUGCUCAGCUCUCCACCUUCUCCCUCCAAGACUUUUAUGAUCUUUGGGAGCAUUUGCAAUACAACUUGAUAUCUGUUAUUAUAUGCUCAGCUCUCCUUGUUUUCCUAUCCACUCUCUACUUCCUCACUCGGCCUAGACCGGUGUACCUUGUCGAUUUCUCUUGUUACAAGCCCGAAGAAUCUCGGCAGUGCACGAAAAGGAAAUUUAUAGACCACUCCCGAUUGACCGGUUCUUUCGCAGAUGAAAAUCUUGAAUUCCAGCGAAAGAUCCUUGAGAGAUCUGGCCUUGGGGAGAACACUUACCUUCCUGAAGCUGUCCUCAAUAUUCCUCCCAACCCUUCAAUGAAAGAAGCUAGAAAAGAAGCUGAGGCUGUGAUGUUUGGUGCCAUUGAUGAGCUAUUAGCUAAAACCUCUGUAAAGCCAAAGGAAAUUGGAAUUCUUAUUGUAAACUGUAGUCUGUUCAACCCAACUCCAUCACUUUCGGCAAUGAUUGUCAAUCAUUACAAGCUGCGGGGGAAUAUAAGGAGCUACAACCUUGGGGGAAUGGGUUGCAGUGCAGGGCUUAUCUCAAUUGAUCUUGCCAAAGAUCUUCUCCAGGCCAAUCUCAACUCCUAUGCAUUGGUCAUUAGCAUGGAGAAUAUCACGCUGAAUUGGUAUUUUGGAAACGAUCGAUCAAAGCUUGUUUCCAAUUGUUUAUUUCGUAUGGGAGGAGCUGCAAUUCUACUCUCCAAUAAAAGGUCGGACAGAAGAAGAUCCAAAUACCGAUUGGUCACCACGGUUCGCACUCAUAAGGGUGCUGAUGACAAGUGCUUUAGCUGUGUAACACAAGAAGAAGAUGCCAGUGGCAAGAUUGGUGUUACUUUGUCAAAAGAUCUGAUGGCCGUUGCUGGUGAUGCUUUAAAAACCAACAUCACUACACUGGGGCCUCUUGUUCUUCCGACAUCAGAACAGCUGCUAUUCUUUGCCACCUUAGUUGGGAAGAAAAUGUUCAAGAUGAAGAUCAAACCUUAUAUUCCAGAUUUCAAGCUAGCUUUUGAACAUUUUUGCAUUCAUGCUGGUGGUAGAGCAGUUUUGGAUGAACUGGAGAAAAACUUGCAGCUGUCUCCUUGGCAUAUGGAGCCAUCAAGGAUGACCCUCUAUCGUUUCGGAAACACAUCCAGCAGUUCACUUUGGUAUGAGCUGGCUUACACCGAAGCCAAAGGGAGGAUAAAAAAGGGAGACAGAGCAUGGCAAAUCGCAUUUGGUUCCGGAUUCAAGUGUAACAGUGCAGUGUGGAAGGCUCUCAGGACCAUCAACCCUGCUAAAGAGAAGAGUCCUUGGAUUGAUGAGAUCGACCAGUUUCCAGUCGAUGUCCCUAGGGUGUCUUCAUUUUAA